UUAGGACCUGUUAGCAGGGGAAUUCUUCCGUCCCCCGGGUAAACUCCUGGGCUGAGAAACUGGUUCCGAAUCCAACGGAACCCAGCGCUGGGCGACGGCGGGUCACGUGGCUGGCGGCCUCAUGACGUGCGGAUUGCGAGGCGUCACCCUGACGUUCGGGCGACCUGCCGAGUGGCCCCGCUACCUCCACCACCUGUACGGUGGCGGUGUCAGCAUGGACCUGGGCCCGAUGCGCAAGAGUUACCGCGGGGACCGAGAGGCAUUUGAGGAAACUCAGCUGACUUCCCUGGACCCCAUGAAGCAGUUUGCUGCCUGGUUUGAGGAGGCCGUUCAGUGCCCUGACAUAGGAGAAGCCAAUGCCAUGUGUCUGGCUACCUGCACCAGAGACGGAAAACCCUCUGCCCGCAUGGUGCUGCUGAAGGGCUUUGGCAAGGAUGGCUUCCGCUUCUUCACUAACUUCGAGAGUCGGAAGGGAAAAGAACUGGACUCCAAUCCCUUUGCUUCCCUUGUCUUCUACUGGGAGCCCCUCAACCGUCAGGUGCGUGUGGAGGGCUCCGUGAAGAAGCUGCCUGAAGAGGAGGCUGAGUGCUACUUCCACUCCCGCCCUAAGAGCAGCCAAAUCGGGGCUGUGGUCAGUAACCAGAGUUCUGUGAUCCCCGAUCGGGAGUAUCUGAGAAAGAAGAAUGAGGAACUGGAGCAGCUCUACCAAGCACAAGAGGUGCCAAAGCCAAAGUACUGGGGUGGCUACAUCCUGUACCCGCGAGUGAUGGAGUUCUGGCAGGGCCAAACCAACCGUCUGCAUGACCGAAUCCUCUUCCGGCGGGGCCUGCCAACAGGAGACUCCCCUUUGGGGCCCAUGACCCACCGUGGGGAGGAAGACUGGCUGUAUGAGAGGCUCGCACCCUGAUUCGAAGUCUGCUGGCACCUGCUGGAGCUGGCGCGGGGUGCUAAGAGAGGGUGUGGGAUGGUGGGCGCGACCUUCUAGACUCAACCCAUUUCCCUCCCCACUCCUUCUAUUUAAAGCUCUUCAGAGUUCAAGCUCCAAAUUCUGUAUCUUUAGUUGGCUCUCAAGUAGGUAGUCUAGUGGAGCAUAAACAGUGGCAGAGAGAAUCACAAAUGGGGAAGAAAAAAAUCCCAUAAUUAUUUUCUUGACCUUGAAUAUGAUUUAUUGGAAUAGCUCCCUCUAGAGGUAGUAGCUGGUGUAGUUCCCUUUUGCAGGGACCUGGGGCGGGUCCCUGCUGCCCUGUUAGGGUGUGACUGGGUCAUACCUCCAGGAGCGGACUGGUUCCAGCCCAAGCACCCGAGGCAGUGUAGCCAAUCUGGUUUUUUUUUUCUUGUCAACAACUUGAAAUUUGACAGGGAGAGACCCAGAGCGUGAAAGGCAUUUUAGCAAGUCCUUAAUGGCAGCCAAGAAGCAACAGUUUCCAGCCACUUCUCUUGUCAUUCCCUGAGUGACCCAUGGAUCCCUCCUCCCCACGUGUGGGCUGUGUUAACCCCUCCUGCCUCAAAACACCCAUUAUCCCUUUUUUUGUUUGUUUGUUUCAUUUUGUUUUGUUUUUUUAAAAGGAAGUUUUUGGCUUAAACUAGUCAGAAUCAAUUUCUGUUGCUUGCAACUUAGAGAAACUUCAUUAACUUACUAAUAGGGUAUUUUUAUAGCCCUGUUCCCUACUGAUAACUGCUUCCCCUUAUCUGAAGCACAACAACGUGGAAAAGAGAUUAAAUGUAUUCUCUGGAGCUCCAGAGGACCCAGUGGUGGGAGUUGGACAGACGUGGGUUUCCUCUCAGUUGGGGGAGAGACUUGAGACAACCAUGAUCCAGUAAUCGGGAGUGGGCUACCUAGUUAGGUAGCAAGUGUCUCUAGACGUCAGGAGUUUUAUAGAAGUGCUUCAUGACUUGUACCUACGAGCCAGGCAGAUUUCAGUCAAGCUUUACUUUCCGUGUUCAUUUCUGAGAACAACAUACAUGUGUGUGUGUGUGUGCACAUACACAGAUGUCUGUUUCAUUUUCCAGGUAUAGAAUUGUUACAGAGCUACGUUUCGGUACUCACGGAUCCCCUUCAACUGCCCCCCUCCUCUGCGGGGGAUGACUCCUAGACACGGGUUUCCAUCCCUGCUGGAAUUACCCAGAAGUGUUCAUCACACAUGGUUUCACUGGUCUGAGUGAGGUCUGAACUUUGAGGAACAUAAAAGCUCCCCAGGGACUUCUGUGGAGCCAGAAGUUGAGACCCCCGAGGUUAGAUCCUCUCUACUCCGUGUGGUCCACGGACCAGCAGCACCACCACUUAGGAGCCCACCCUUAGCCCACCCAUGAAUCCUGUCCUGCAUUUAAUAAGCUCCCCCCCCCAGGUGACCAGUUGCAGUGUCCCCCACCUCCACAAACAAAUGACCUCCUACCCUCACCAUGGGAUUCCUCAUCAGGCCUGGAUUGAGGCCUGCGCUGAACUGUGUUUGCACACUUCUUGAGCACAAGUCUGGUGACCAAGGACAACUUGAACGAAUGGCCUCCAGGCUGUGGAGGGGAGCCAGGCUGGGUAAAUGUUUGCUGUGACUAAGCCAGAAUCUGAGAACUGUUAUUUUGCGCGUUGGCAUGGAACUCGCCAGCUCUGUAAACUGUUUCAUUCCUCUGUGUGGGCGUGUGCGCUGCUUCGGUGUCUGACAUUCAUGGGCUCCUCCCAGGGGGCCCCUGUCGGGGGUUGAUCCCCGUCUUAAGCCUGAGUGUGGGAAGGCACAAUGCUAACCCUAUGGCCACCAAAGGAGAUGGUGCUGGGGUGCCCUUCUCUGCCUUGCCCCAUUACGUGGAGCUCUGUAUCCCCCACCCGCUAUCUGAGCCUGGGUUCAGCUGUUCCCCUCCUGUUCUUUUGACAAUCACUGUGCCAAGUCUGUAAUAAAACUUCGUUAGCCAUGUGUGA